CACCAGCACCAGCAUCGGCGCCACGGGGAGUCCGGCCGCCACCGCCCAGGCCUGCUGCGCACCCCAGGGACUUGCGCUUGGCUGAACUUACCAGGCGAAAACACAGGCCUCGUGGAUAAAUGGCAAGCAAAAAGCGAGAAAUCCAGUUACAGGCGGUCAUCAAUAAUCAAAGCCUGUGGGAUGAGAUGAUGCAGAACAAAGGCCUAACAGUGAUCGAUGUUUACCAAGCCUGGUGUGGACCUUGCAAAGCAAUGCAAACCUUAUUCAGAAAAUUGAAAAAUGAGCUGAACGAAGAUGAACUUCUGCAUUUUGCUGUAGCAGAAGCUGACAGCAUUGUGACUCUCCAGCCGUUUAGAGAUAAAUGUGAACCUGUUUUUCUCUUCAGUGUUAAUGGCACAAUUGUUGCAAAAAUCCAGGGUGCAAAUGCACCACUUGUGAAUCAAAAAAUUAUUACCUUGGUCGAUGAGGAGAGGAAAAUUGCAGCAGGUGAAAUGGUUCGCCCUCAGUAUCAUGAAAUUGCAUUUGUAGACUCAGAUUCAGAGGAUGCUGGGGAACCAAGCUAUGAAAGUGUUGACCAAAUAUACACCAUUGUUAUUAUAAAGCCUGAUGCUGUGACUGCUAGAAAAGUUCAAGAAAUUAAAGAAAAAAUUAUCAAGGCAGGAUUUGUCAUAGAAGCAGAGGAUAAGAAACCGCUUACUGAAGAACAAGUAAAGCACUUCUAUAGUCAAAUAGCAGACCAGCCUGACUUUGAGGAUUUUGUUUCUUUUAUGACAAGGAACCUAAGCUAUAUUCUAGUUGUUUCACAAGGAAAGGAAAAACAGCCUUCCUGGGAUGAUAGUGAAGUUAAUUCUGAGACAGAAUCUAAAGAACCGUGGGAUGAACAAGAAGAGACGGCCAAGCCUUUGAGGAUGAAGAGCAAAAGUUUACAACAAUAUCUGGAAAUACAACAAAUAUCUCAGUUUUGUGAUGUUGAAGAGAAUAUAACUAAUACUAAGUUUAUUGAGGUCUUAAUCCCUGAUUUUAAAAAAAUUAGAGGCAUAAAAUUUGAAAAGAUACUGGCAUUACUUCGACCAGCCCUCUUUAAUGAAAGAACAGAGGAUGUUUUGAAUAAAAUUCAAGAUGAAGGCUUUAAAAUACUGCUGCAAAGACAGAUAGUAUUAUCAGAAGAAGAAGCAAAAACACUGUGCAAAGAAUAUGAAAAUAAAGAUUAUUUUGGAAGUGUUAUAGAAAAUAUGACCAGUGGUCCAUCUCUAGCCCUUGUUUUAGUAAGAGAAAAUGGCUUAGGAUACUGGAAACAGUUAAUUGGACCAAGCAAUGUUGAAGAAGCCAAAGAAUAUCUUCCAGAGAGAGCAGGAUUGAAUCCAGGGGAAGAAAAGCCCUCCUUCAAGUGAGCAGGAAUAAAGAUGCUUUAUCAAACACAAGAAAUGUUUGCAUCCAUGCUGCCACAAUAAAUUACAGGACUUAUGAAACA